AGAGAAUAUUGUUUUUAUUUAAAAAAAUUAAAUUUGUUUUCAGUAUUAAAUCAACGUGGCUCGAGGUAAGGUUAAGAAUGUUUGUUCUACGUCAAGCCCUUAGGAGUAGCAGGGUAGUUCUCCCUGCUACAAGGCCCAUGUCCAGUUCUGGUCCACUGGUAGACUUAACUGUUGACGGAGAUGGUAUAGCCAUCAUGACGCUGCAGCGGCCACCAGUUAACAGUCUAAACCUGGACCUGCUGAAGGCAAUCAACUCUUCCCUAGACGAGGUUGCCAAAAACAAGGCAAAAGGGAUGAUAUUAACUUCGGCAUCGCCUACAGUAUUUUCCGCUGGCUUGGAUAUUAUGGAAAUGUACAAACCAGACCUCAAGAGAGCAGAGGAGUUUUGGUCCACACUUCAGGAAGUCUGGAUGAAACUGUUUGGAUCGACUUUUGCAACUGCCGCUGCCAUUAAUGGUCACGCACCUGCCGGUGGAUGUCUACUGGCAAUGUCCUGUGAGUGGAGAGCGAUGGUGUCAGGGAAAUACACUAUCGGCUUGAAUGAGACCGCCCUGGGUAUAGUCGCACCAACAUGGUUUGUGGACACCAUGUGUAAUACCAUACCUGUGAGGGAAGCGGAAUUUGCUCUCACCACAGGUAGAUUGUUCACCGUGGAUGAAGCUUUGAAGGUGGGACUGGUCGACGAAGUGGCCACAGACAAGGCCGAUGCCAUCGACAAAUGCAAGACCUUCCUCAAGAGAUUCGAGAGGAUCCCGAGCUUGGCCAGGUCACUCACCAAGAACAGAGUAAGGUCGGGCCCAGUUCUGAGACUACAGAAGAACAGACAGGCAGACAUACAGGAGUUCCUACAGUUUCUGCAGAACCCGAAGGUUCAGCAGUCCUUGGAUAUGUACAUUCAAAUGCUGAAGAAGAAGGCUUCUAAGUAAAUGGUACUAGUAACCUUGAUAAUACUAAGCAAUAAGUAUAUUGUAAUAUUCUGUUGACAAAGUUGCAUAUCAGCCCACAGUAAGAAAAUGUCAUCUAAAUAUAGCUCUAGUUCUACUAAAGCAGGCAAAAUUGUUUUACCUUAUCCAGACGCCUGGCAACUUUUUAAUAUCGAAGCUAAACGGCGCUGUUAUUUACGCGUUUCAUUAUACAUACACGAGAUGCGCUAAUGCAAAAUUCUUGAACUGCUGCCUUACUCCCGACAGAAUCGAAUCGAAUCAGCUCGAUCCACUGACCUCCGUUAUACAAGUACGCGUACUUGUAUAAUGGAGGUCAGUGGCUCGAUCUCAACAGCUUUUGCUACUUUCGACAUAUUAUAUACUAGCGCACAAUCGUGCUGCGGCUCAAUUUGGAACUAAUCUG